CUCUGAUCAGAAUGGUUGUGGUUACGAUGCCUUUCAUUGAACGUCUAUCCCCAUUAUUAGUAUCUCGUUGCAACCAUUGUAGGCAAGACUAUCCCCGACAAGCCCAUACCGCGGGUGUGUCGAUCAGGCUGCUUAGUAAAGCGAAUACGGCGAUGGGCGUAAGGUUUCGAGGUUCGCUUCGCCGCAGACGUGCACACUCUUCUCGACCUCCCAGCAUGCGCAGACGAGCAAUAUGACCCGUGCGUCACAUCCCACAUAAUGGACACUUACAGCGUCAGUCAGGAUGAUGGCGAGACGUCCAGCCCGGCGCGGGAGAAGCGGCCGCGAGCCAAGCAGGCCUGUGAGCCGUGCCGUCUGCGCAAACGCCGCUGCGAUGGCGCCAUGCCGUGCAACAUGUGUCGCCAGUUCGAGUACAAAUGCUACUUUGAGAAGCAUCCGCGCAAGCGCUCCAAGCUCGUCGAGCAGAAUGCGCAUCACGAGCAGUCUCCCGACUACGUCCGCCCGGAACCCCCUGCACAGGACCGCUUCACCGCCGAAGACACGCUGAAGACUCGCUCCAUGGAGGCCAAUUCGGGAAUCGCAUUUACAAGACUCCUGGGUCAGCGCCUGGAUCCCUCCUUUGGCCCGAAACUCUUCACCUUCGCCUGGAAUCUGGGCAUGGUCUCUUACGUUCCACCCCCCGUAACCCCCAUCACCGAAUUCCUCGACCAGAACCAGAUGUACGCCCUCGCCAAAGCCCAUUUCAACCACAUACACCUCCUCUACGGCUUCCUCGACAAGGAGUGGGUCCUGCAGCAAAUCAGUAUGCGCUGGGCCCAGCCCGAGCACUGCACCAUUCCCGACCACCUGCUCGCCAACCUGGCCGCAGUCGGCUCCUUGUACGGGGAUGCUUCCCUGCACUCACGCAUACCCAUGCUGCUGGAAUCCGCCAAGAAGGCCCUCGAAGCUACCAGUCUGAUGCAGCCGCCCAACGUCAUCGACGUGCAGUCCUGGCUCCUCCGCUGCAUGUAUCUUAGAUCCACCGGGCAUCCUCACGCCUGUCAUACAGCUACGUGCAUCGUCAUGCACCUCGUCGAAGCCAUCGGGCUGCACGAGGAAACGAGUAACACCACGCUGCACCCUCCUACCAUCACCGUACAGGGCCACCAAACCGCAGAGAUCCGGCGACGAACCUUCUGGUCCGCUCGAAUGAUCAAUACCUGGGUGAGUUUCGAAUACGGCCGGAGUCGAGUGACCCUGCGUGGCAUCACCACCCAGCUGCCAACUCCCAGAGACGGCGACUACACCUUGGACUAUCUCAACCUCUACAGUCUCUCCUGCUUCCUCGAUCCCGAGCGGUCAGAGUCACAAUGGGAGGACUUUCUACGCCAGCUGGACGAAUACGAAUCCAAGCACGAUGCCAUCGAAAUGUCAAAGGGCAACCUUGCCUUGUGUGGUUAUCGCCGCAUCCGCCUCGUCAACCCCAACCCCUCUUCCGAAAUCACCAACAGCAUCAUCCGAAUCGGCCUGAGCGCCGUCGAAGCCGCUCAGCGCUUAUGCCGCACGGGCGUGCCAUGGUGGCACAUGGCCAACGUCCCCUUCCAAGCCAUCUGCGUCUUCCUCGCAAUGGAUUUGCGCGAAUCCCUCUCGCACAUCUCCGCCGCGCUGGAGGUGCUGGAAGAAGUCGUCGAGCGCUUCCCCACCGCUUCCUCGAAAGAAGCGCUGAAAAUGGCGCGCUCGCUCGUGCGGCUGUCGAAGCGGAGGAAGGACGAAGACUCCGACAUUCUCGGGCAGACGUUGAAGCGAUCUGCGAGUAAAGGGCAUGGGGCGGCGGAUCUUUCGAUGGUGACUACGCCGCAGCCGCCGGUGGAUGGGGAGGUGGUGUCUGGGGCCGUCGAGACAUCGCCGACAACGCUCAGCAAUGGGGAGGACUGGGCAUUUGAUGUCAUCAACAACUCCGACUUUGAUUGGAAUGUCUUCUUGACCGCGGAGAUGCCGGCGUUUAAUAGCUUUGCGCCUGAUGGGACUAUGUAGUAGGAUCUCAGGGUACAUGACUGGCUCAUGUCCACAAUCCCAGACUCGUUCGUGCU